AUGCUCUCGGACGUAAAUUCGGGUAGAAGCAUUCGAGGCUCCGCUAACAAGAGGAUCACAGCGCCAAGUAGAUCAGAACACAGGUCGCAGGAAUCAACACCCUACCCGUCAGCCACUCCCAGAGAGGCGACCCGCCGCCCCCAACCAUCAGGUGAUACAAGAGGCUGCAAAGGGCGACCAAACAACGACCAGGACGACCAAACAACGACCAAGACGACCAAACAACGACCAGGACGACCAAACAACGACCAGGACGACCAAACAACGACCAGAACGACCAAACAACGACCAGGACGACCAAACAACGACCAGAACGACCAAACAACGACCAGGACGACCAAACAACGACCAGGACGACCAGAACGACCAAGACGACCAAACAACGACCAGGACGACCAAACAACGACCAGGACGACCAAACAACGACCAGAACGACCAAACAACGACCAGGACGACUUAAACAACGACCAGAACGACCAGGACGACCAAACAACGACCAGGACGACCAAACAACGACCAGAACGACUAAGACGACCAAACAACGACCAGGACGACCAAACAACGAUCAGGACGACCAAACAACGACCAGGACGACCAAACAACGACCAGGACGACCAAACAACGACCAAGACGACCAAACAACGACCAAACAACGACCAAACAACGACCAGGACGACCAAACAACGACCAGGACGACCAAACAACGACCAGGACGACCAAACAACGACCAGGACGACCAAACAACGACCAGGACGACCAAACAACGACCAAACGACCAAUGACCAUUGCGACCUGGACUCCCCCCCCCACUUCCGGCUGCCCUUCUAG